AUGUAAUUGCUUUCUAAGCUAUAAAAACACUCAUAUAGUUCAGAUGAGCUCAUUUACAGGAGUGUGGUUUCCUGUAAAUGCUGAUUAUGAUUAAGAAAAAAGAGAUAAGGCCUCAACACUAGCCUUUCAACAGAUAACUCGUCUUAGUCACAUGACCUCGUAGCCCACACAUGCUCGUAAUCUGUUUAUGCAGCGCGUGACCCGUCCUCCCCCUCUGUUCUGCCCUCCCAUCCCGUCUGCCUUUCAGCUGAUGAUGCAUGUGGCAGAAUAGGCUUGGGGAGCAUCGCUAUAGCAACCGAAAACAGAAAGGCACUUCAGAGCAAUCUCAAAGAGGAAAUGUGACCUGGGCCGUUGCACAACUACAAGCCCUACAAGACAACUGGAUCACUCAUUAAGGUAAAAGUAAAAGCAGCAGAGGGCCGGUGACCGCGGCAGAUAAACGAGCGAGCAUGUCGUGGUUCAGCUGGAAUGAGCCGUACUAUCGGAGCCCACGACGUGAGCCUUCUGAAGUGGUUAUGGAAACCCUGAUGCUGGAACUGAGCUGGCAGAUGAAGGAGGCCGAGAGGCUGCAGCGGGAGCGAGACAAUGAAUAUCGAAGGCUGAAGAGCGGCGUGGACUACAGCUGGCUCAUGAGCGCCCCGCGCAGCUCAUAUGAUAUCAGCCAAGGAGAGAGACUGGGCCUUGAGGACCUGUGUAGCAAAGUACCACCAUCAUACUGUGGACCUACAAUACAAAGGUUUCGGCAGGUGCUGAUGGAGAAUGAACCAGAGGUGCAGGAGGUUUCCGGACUCUUCCGUUCUGUGCUUGUGGAAACACUUGAGCGUGUUCAUGAGGAGCAGGAGGCUCAGCGUCUGACCCACCAGUGGAACAACAGACGCUCCAUAAGCUUGUCGCUGAUGAGCUUCAAGUCUCGAGUGCGGAUCAACCCUUUCAGCAGCACCUUGGGAUUGAAAUCAGACAGUUACGGCUCAGAGGAAGAUGGCAUAGAUGUCAAGACUGUGAGUGGGGAUGUUGAGAAGGGCCUUGGCCAGACAGCGGAGAAAGCGCAGCGCGUGUGGAGCAUGCCAGAGUUCCGACACAAGGGAAUCAAUGGUAAAGCUUGAGUGUCUUUGGGUGGGAUUCAGCAGGAGCUGGUCCAGUCAAUGACUGUCAGAUAUUCCCAGCAUCACCUUCACUUUCAGUGUAUUUAUAUUUUGAGAUGUAAGCGUGGAGGCAAGAGGUAUGUUCAUGUUGGGAAAUAAAACUCUUAUACUCUUAAAAAAAAAGUCUUAUAAGCAAAGCAUCACAAAUCAAUAAAUCUGUUACAAGGACUCCAUAAACCCACACUUUUUAUUUUUGCGUGAAUGCAGUAAAUUCCUAAAAUAGAAAAACAGAUGUUUAUCUGAUCACUCAGCAUCAGAUUCAGUUUGUAUAAGUUAUUCUGAAAUAGUACAGUUGCCUAUAAUUUAUCCAUUGUACUUUGCAAAAAAGGUGUUUUUAUACGCCCAUUCGGUUUUAAAAUUGAUUGUGAUUUUUUUUAAAUAAUUCCAGUGCAGGUCUACCUUUUAGUAACAUUUUCAAAGCAGGUGGGCCUGUAUUUGGUGUGGAAAUGUUCAGAUACUUGUGAUUGAUAGAUUUUUUGCUUGUUGUCUGGCAAUCUUGUCAAUAUAUGUGCAAUUGUGUAAAUGAUGAAGUGUUUGCAAGACAUUUAAAUUAAAGUCACAGUGAAUGUAACUGUAGAAUUUAGGGUGUUGCACUAUAAAAACAUGUUUUCAUUUUAUUGUGCUGAAAAAAUAAAGUUUGUGAUUCUGAGA